AUGGAACAAGGAAACCUCAAUUUACCACACCCUACUCCAUUGCCUGGAGAAACGAAUAUGGUGCCCUAUUAUUUUAUUGCUGAUGAAGCUUUUCCUCUGAAGAAAAACUUAAUGAAACCGUAUGGCCGAAAUCAGUUAACAAAUGAGAGAAGAGCAUUUAAUAACAGAUUGUCAAGGGCACGAAAAUCAGUGGAAUGUGCCUUUGGUAUGAUAAGGACUAAAUUUAGCGUCCUUAGCACAUCUGUUUGCUGCGAUCCAGAAAAUGUCGAUAGCAUUAUAAAAGCUAUGAGCGUUUUGCAUAAUGUUAUCCGCAAAUAUGAUGGGAAACUCGUGGUUCCACGUUUUAAUAACAGUUUAAUAGGAACAAACAUCAACGUGCAACAAACAAGGGAAGAUCCUAAAAUCAUCAGAGAAUAUCUUACAACAUACAUGACAACUCGAUCUCCGAUUCCAUUUCAAAAUAGACAUAAUUAA